AUGCCGAAACGCGUUCACAGUGUGAGUGAUCGCGACGAAACUGGAUCGACAAGUGAUCCUAGUGCAUCAAAACGUUCUCGAAAAGGAAACGAAGAUCAUGAAAUUAAUGAACGAUGUCAAGAAUUAUACGAUGCAUUGCGUGCUUAUAAAUCUGCAGAUGGUCGUACCGUUUGUGAAAAUUUCAUUCGUUUACCAAGCAAAAGAGCAAAUGCAGAAUACUAUGCAUCAAUCAAACAACCAAUUGACUUAAUUCGCAUCCAACAGAAAAUUCGUACGGAUGAAUACCAAACAAUAGAACAAUUUAUAGAUGAUAUACAGUUGCUAAUAAACAAUGCAAAAACGUUCUAUCGGAGAAACUCAAACGAAUGGCGUGAUGCAAAUAAUUUGUCGAAAUACUUGAACUCAAAACUCAGCGAUGAACAAUCGAAUCAUAAACGUCCACCUAAAAAAAAUAACGAAAUUGAUGCCGAAGAGUCAAUUGGUAAAAAACGCCGUCCACAUCAACAAUCACAUGAUACAUUAUCCAAUGGUGCAACAAACAUAAAAGCCGAAUCCAAUAAUAAUAAUAAUAAUCUCUCGAUUGAUCCAUACUAUUUAGAAGAAUUUUUCACAGCUAUUUAUAACGCGACUAUAGAACAACGUGCCAUGGUAGACAUAUUUUUAUUUUUACCUUCACGAAAACUUUACCCCGAUUAUUAUCUUGUUGUAACUCAACCAAUCGAUUUGAAAAUCGUCGCAACCAAAAUCGACAAUAAUCAAUAUUCAUCAUUGGAUGAUAUGGAAGCAGAUUUGCUAUUGAUGGUAUCAAAUGCGAAAAAAUACAAUGAUCCUAAAUCUCAAAUCUACAAGGACGCAAGUGCCUUGAAGAAAAUGAUUACAACCGUGAAAGGUGAACUGGAGUCCGCUUUGAAGACGGUGAAAAAUGAUCGAUUGAGAACGCGAAAACGUGAUGUUCUUCUCUCAUCUGAAAUUGCACAUCUGGAUUAUCCCGAAGAGCCAGAUGAUGCUGAUAUUAUUCAGAUAAAACCAAAUGAUGAUGCUGCAGCUGACUCCGAUACGAGUUCGUUGGGUGGUGAAGAGGAUUCAUUUCGACUUUUAUACGAUGCAGUUAAAAGCUAUAAACUCGGUGCUCAAAGUCUCAUCGAUCCAUUUAUGAAGUUGCCCAAGAAACGAUUUCAUCAAGAUUAUUAUGAAGAAGUCAAGCGACCAAUUUCCAUGUCAUCCAUUAAAAAUCAUAUCAAAAAAGGAGAGUAUGUUUACCUGGCCGAUCUUGUCAAGGAUCUGAAAUUGAUGUUUAAUAACGCCAUGCAAUACAAUCAAGAAAAUUCAUUGAUAUACAAUAGUGCAAAGAGAUUGUUGGAUGUGACAAUCCAAAAAGCACGUGAACUUGGCUAUGAUGAAGAUGAACCGCGAUUGAAAGAAGUUCGAGUUAACAUUUCUGCGAUUUCUGUGAAAGACGAACAGUUGGAAUCACUGACGAAUCAUUACUCACCAACCCGUCAUCGUUCUUCGCCGGCCGAAGCAACAAAUCUUCAUUCACCUGCUGCUCAGCGAGGUCGUCCACCGAAAAUACUUCAAAAACAUACGGAGCAAAAUAUUCACACACUCUAUACCUUCAUUCGUGAAUAUCAAGAAAACGAUACUGAUUUAAUCACACCGUUCCUUGAAUUACCGUCUGCUAGCGAAUAUCCAGAUUACUAUGAAUCAAUAAAACAGCCUAUCGACAUGACAAUGAUAAAAGAUCGAAUGGAUAAAGGACAAUAUAAACGUGAACAGGAUAUUGUUGACGAUUUGAAUCGUAUGCUUGCAAACGCAAAGUCUUACAAUGCCGAUGAAUCUUCCAUAUUCAAAAGUGCAUCUCGACUUAAACACGUUUUAACCAAUAAAUUCGAAGUUUUAAUGAAGAAGAAAAAGAAAUUUCUUGAAAAAUACAACUCCAAUCGAGUUAUAAAUAGCACAAUACCAAAAAAAUCUUUCAAUUCUCCGUCGUACAAAACAUUGACUAGUUUGAUUCAAACAAUCAAAAAUCAUUCCGAUCAACAUGGACGAAUCUUAUCCACUGUCUUUUUAACAUUGCCAGCAAAACUCGAUUAUCCAGAUUAUUAUGAAAUUAUUCAACGACCCAUCGAUCUUAAACGUAUUGAGUCACGACAAUACACAUCGAUUCAAGAACUAUCAGAUGAUUUACAAUUGAUGUUUGAUAACGCAUGUUUAUACAACGAGCCAGGCUCGACAAUCUAUCGAGAUGCACUUUCAUUACAAAACGUUUUUCUUGCUCAACGACGAAAAUAUAUGAAAACACAAUUCAAUGUACAGAAUUUAGUUCACGAUCUACUCUGGGAUUUAUUCAUCCGAACUUUUAACGCUGAAGAUUCACAAGGCCGUUUCUAUACGGAUUCAUUCACUGACCUCUCUGAACAAGUAGAAAAUGAACCAUUCGAGAUUGUGUAUACAUUUGAUUUGAUUAAACAAAAUCUCCGGCAGCGACGUUACCAUCGGCUAGAUGUUUUCCAAGAUGAUUUAUUUCGUGUUUUUGAACGUGCUCGAUGUUUGAGUAAUGUUGAUUCUCAAAUUUAUCAAGACACAGUUCAACUACAACGAUAUUAUAUUCGACUUCGUGAUGAAAUCUGUGACAAUGGGAAUGUACUUCGCUCAGCGGCGCUUUUGUUCACUGAAAAUCGUUUGCAAGAAGAGCUCACUCGUGAACGAUUGAAAAAAGAUGUCAUCACUAACAGUAAUCAGAACAGUAUAACAGGCAAUCAAUCAUCAAAUGAUGAAAAGAAGGAUUCAUCUAUGGAUAAUUCUUUGCCAACGGAAAACAGUUCGUUAUCGAAAGGUGAAACUUAUUACAUUGGCGAUUUUGUUUAUACUGAACCAAACGAUGACAAGAGUGAACCAAGUAUUUUCUGUAUUGAAUCGUUUGAACGCAAAGACAAUGAAGAUCAUUUUACUGGUUUACAUUUCUAUCGCCCACAAGAAACUUAUCAUGUUUCAGGAAAGAAAUUCCUUCGACAAGAAGUUUUUCUUACACAAAGCGUGGCCAAUAUCCCGAUGAGCAAAAUUCAAGGUCUAUGUCAUGUACUGCACAUCAAAGAUUAUUUCAAAUACCAACCUGCUAUCGAGAAUCAAACGAACUGUUCAUUAAAUUUUCAAGAUGUAGAGAAGGAUAUUUAUGUUUGUGAAUCACGGUAUAAUAUCAAAACCAAAGGAGUGAAGAAGAUCAAAUGGUGGAAUGUACCCGAGAAUAAACGUGUUAAAUUAAUUCCAAGAGAAACCGUGCUUGAACCUGUACGUGAACAACUACCGCUGAUGAACAAUCAUUUGCCACACCGACAAUCGACGAGUGAUAAUGAAGUAAAUUCCAUUGAAUGCAUUGACAAAGUUAAAGAAACCAUUCCAUACGAUUCGGUUAUAAAUGACAAGUUAAAUGAAAAUUUACCGGAAAGAAAGCAAUUCUAUGAGCAAAUUGUUAUCUCCUCCUCGAAUUGUUUUUACAAGAUUGGAGACUAUGUUUACUACCAAGAAAAUGAUCAGAUCAACAAUCAAUUAAACAAAAGAUCCAUUCUGCGAAUCGAGAAGAUUUGGCAAGACAAUAAUUCGUACAUUAUCAACGGAUCAGCUUUUAUUCGAUCGUGUGACAUACCUAAUCGAAAUCAAUUAAUAGUCACUACUAAAACUUCUUAUGUGCAAGAAGUUGUCAAAUGUGACAAUUUAAAUAAAGAAAUCUCAGUUGACAAUAUCAAAGGAAAAUGUUCCGUACUUUCAUUGAAGCAAUAUCGCACUUAUCGUUUGACCGAGAUUCCUGAAACAGACGUUUAUGUAUGCGAAGCAAAGUACAUUCGCGAUGAUCACAGCCUUCGAUCUAUGACCAAAGGAUUGAAAAGAACGUCAUUAUCAAUAAAAGCACUUGUCGAUGAAAUCUGGACUUUUCGUAAAGAACUAUUGCUUAAACAAGAAACUCCUGGUGGUCCGUUCAAAUUGGUCGAUGAUGCCUCGUUUAUGGGCGUGGAUGAUCAAACAAAUAGUAAUCAUGCCAGUACCGUCGAUGGUGACGAGCAUCAAUCGAAUCAAUUGAACUUUGAAACGGCCAACAGCAGUGCAACUAAUACCAGUGCGAAUACCAAUGCUAAUUCCUCAACCACACCAAAUAAAAAUAAUACCAGUCGAAAAAGUAGUCGACGUGGAUCAGCAGCACGUGCACCUUGUGGAUAUCUCGUAUUCGCAAGUGAAUCACGAAAACGCUUGAUCAAAGACAAUCCUGGUAUUCCGUUCGGUGAAAUGAGUCGAAUGAUUGGCGAUCAGUGGCGACGAUUGACCGCGAGUGAACGCGAUAUAUACGAAGAGAAAGCACGCGAACGAGCAAGAGAACAAGAGCAGGUUGUCAGCACACCGUCGACGCCAGUUGCGAAUAACAGCAUUACUCCAACAAGUUCCGAUACACAUACUAUGCCAGUUAUCAACCCACAACGAAUUGUAAAUGGUACGACUACUAUUAACGGACACUAUCAACCGAAUUCUAAUAUGCAAAAUGUUCAUCAAAUAAAUGGAAAUAUUCAAACGAUACAGAAACCACCAGCUGCUGCAAUUGUUACAUGUCCUCCACGAACACAACGACUUGUACACUCAGAAGCUUAUUUAAGAUAUAUUGAAAAUUUAAAACCUGAUAAUCAAUUUAUAUCUGAUUGGCCAAAGCAAUUAAAAGCUUCAAUGAAUAACACAACAAAUGGAAAUAAUGCAUCGCGAACAUUACCAUCCAACUGGCUUCUUAAUGGUAGUCCUGGUCUUUAUAAUAAUGUACAUGAAGCAUUAUGGUCAAUGAGAGAUAAUAUGUGGUCAGACGUAAUUCGCAUUCGAAAUGUCCUCUCGGAUGAAUGGUAA